CCCGCCACAGAGCACCGGACAUACGUACAAAUUUGCCUGCGGAAACCCCUAAACCCUUUCCCCUUUGGAGCUCGCUAUGGCGAAAUCCGAUCACGGCAUCCUAAAAUCCGUCGAACUUCGCCUCCUUCGAUGCACAAUCUCCGGUGAUCUCCUUCCUUCCUCAUGUUCUCCAUCGCCCAACCCGGAAAACCGUCUUGAUGUUCUAACACAUGAACUACUCGGCGCCAUUGAAUGCGGGGACUACGCGGCGGCACUUUCCUCAGAUGCUGCACGGCUUGUUUUCAGCUUCGUGAACUUAUGGGAUUUCGAAGAUUCAACCGCUUCCGCUGCCAUGUUCUAUGGCGAAGUUGAAAAGAGCAUCGACGCCUUUCUCUCUGAUGGCGCCGCCGAGGAGCCCUGGCUGCGGGUUCUCGAGGAGGGGUUUGAUGCGAACACGGAGCAUAGAGUUGCGAUGGUGCUUUGCCUUGGAGUUGCAGCCCUUCUAGCUUUCCUGCAGCAGAACGUGACCGGGCCUGUUGGAAACUUUUCUCCUUUUCCUCUGCUAUUCCAACACUUUGGGGAAGAUGGGAAUGUUGGAAAUGGUGGAGAAUGGGAUUCAUGGGCUUGGAGUCAACUUACGUCUGUGGGUUGUGAUUUGCUGGGGAAAUUUUCCAUUUUGCAGUACCUUGAGUAUGCAAAGGUAACAUUAAUGAAGAUAAAAGAAUUCUGCUCAAAUUCGGCCAAGACUACAUCUUGGUGGUUAUGUAGGCUAUUUCUUCUUCAACAAAGAGUUUUGGAUGAUUUGUCGUCAUCAUUGUACAAUCUUCUGCAAAUAUUUAAGAAUGAAGUCUUAUCUCAAUUUGGUGAGAUGAAGAAUGUUGUUGAUUAUUGGGGUACAAUGUUGAAUGAAAAAGAAGCUAUGACAAUAGCAUCCAUGGGGCAAAUAGAAGCAGGGAUUCUAGAAUAUCAUUAUGGCAGAAUUGAUUCAUCGAGGUUGCAUCUUGCACAUGCUGCAGAGACAUCUGGAACGGAUAUUUCUGUUAUAGGAAUUCUUGGCUAUCGGACAAUUCAUCAGGUGGAUGCAAAGCCUCAAUUAGUACUUAUUACUAAAGGUCAGCAAGCAAAGGGUAAUAGAAACUUAGAAUCAUUCUCUCAGGAGCAAAAUGAUGGUCAAAAAAUGCUGGAUCGACAAGGGAGGUAUGGUGUUGGAAACACUACUGGAUUAUCAGCGGUGCAGUCAGAUGAUCAUUCAUGCAAAAAUAGGUUGGAUUUUGAAUCUAAUGGACAGCACGAAUGUGAUAUUUUGAUGGCCCCGAGAUUGAUCCAAGAUGCAACUACUGUAGGAGCUAAUGGAGAAUCUGCUAUCAUUGGCAAGGGGGCGGUGUUAACUUUAAUCCAACAAGCCAUCGUAUUAGCACAGUGUCUUCAUCUUCAAAGAACCAAGCGUGAUGAUGAGUUGUCAAGGUGGGAAAUGGCUCCGUACAUAGAAGCUGUUGAUUCUCAAGCCCCGUCUAAUUACAUUAUUAGAAUCUCAUGUGACAUUUUGCGCAUUAGAUGGGAGACCACCCGCAGUCGUACUAAACAGCGCGCUUUAUUGAUGAUGGAUAAACUGGUUGAAGCUAUCUAUGAAUCAGUUCCUAUGGCUGCUCAAAGGGUCCAACUGGCUUUUUGUGUGUAUACACCAACUAUAUCAGCAUUGAGGAAGGAAUAUGGUGAACUUUGUGUUGGAUGUGGCAUGGUUGGCGAGGCAUUAAAUAUUUUUGAGGAUCUUGAACUAUGGGACAAUCUAAUAUAUUGUUACCGCUUACUGGACAAAAAGGCAGCUGCUGUAGACCUUAUUAAUUCACGGCUCCAUGAAACUCCCAAAGAUCCAAAAUUAUGGUGUUCACUUGGUGAUGUAACCAAUAAUGAUGACUUUUAUGAGAAAGCCCUUGAAAUCUCAAAUAAUAAGUCUGCUCGAGCUAUGCGUUCUUUAGCUCGUAGUGCUUACAACAGGGGUGACUAUGAAAGAGCGAAAUCUCUAUGGGAAUCUGCAAUGGCAGUAAAUUCUUUGUACCCAGAUGGCUGGUUUGCACUCGGUGCGGCUGCAUUAAAGGCUCGGGAUAUCAACAAAGCUAUCGAUGGGUUUACUCGCGCUGUGCAGCUUGAUCCUGAAAAUGGCGAGGCCUGGAAUAAUGUUGCUUGUUUGCAUAUGAUCAAUAAGAAGAGCAAAGCAGCAUUCAUUGCUUUCAAGGAGGCUUUGAAAUUCAGGAGGAACAGCUGGCAGCUUUGGGAAAAUUAUAGCCAUGUUGCAGUAGAUACAGGGAACUUUUAUCAAGCACUCGAGGCAAUAAAAAUGGUACUUGAAUUGUCAUCAAAUAAGCGAGUAGAUAUUGAAUUCUUAGACAAGAUACUGACAAAGACUGAAGAGUAUGCUUCUAGAUCAUCUUCUUCUUGUUCAGCUACUAAUGAUCAAGAUAUACGUGCUUCCCAAGAAGAUUCAGCUAUGGAUUGUUGUGGAGAUUCAGGAAAUUUUGCUCGUGUGCUUGAAGAACGAGAGAGGGAUUUAUUGGCGUCCAUGAUUGGCACUGUCAUGCAGCAGGUUAUUAAAAAUGGCGGUGGCGGUGCAGAAAUUUGGGGUUUAUAUGCAAGAUGGCACAAAAUGGAAGGCAACCUUCUAAUGUGUUCUGAAGCCCUUUUGAGGCAAGUUAGGGCAUAUCAGGGUUCAGAACUAUGGCACAACUUGGAACGGUUUAAGAAAUUCGCCCAGGCAUCUUUGCUGUUUUGUAAUGUUUGCAUGGAAAUAGCUUCCUCCAGUGGCAACCGCAAAGAACUCUUUCCAGCUGAGAUGCAUUUAAAGAACUCUGUGAAGCAGGCCAUCAAUUUCUCAGAUACAAAGGAAUUCAGAGAUCUUCAAACCUGCCUUGAUGAAAUAAGGACAAGGCUCGAUCCUCCUAACAACGUUUCUGUACUAUGAAAACUUCCGUGCGGACUUUACCGUCAAAAAGGAAGGUGAAGAGAGAACCGUAAUUAUAAUUUUUUAUCUGUUAGAACCAUCUAUUCCAUCCUGAAUGGCUGAGUUUUGUCUGAAAAUUAUCAUGAUUUGGCCAUCCAAAGUGGAUUGAACGGCUAUCAAAAUGCAGUUAACAUGACAAUAUAAAGUUGGUAAGUUCUUUAUUUAUUAUUCACAGAAUUUUAGGAAUUUUUCUUUUUUUAUCAGAAUUUAAUCAGUGUUUUAGCUCCAGGUUCCAUGAAUUGGGUCUUGGUUUGUGAUAUUAUGUACAAUAUGUAAUAUUUGUUGUAUAUUUAUUCAAGUAAAAAUAAUAGUAUAAA